GCGGAGCAAUACGGAGCAAGUGACGAGGAACGUGAAAAAUAAGCCCUGGGACAAAAACUUACACAGGUUACAGUCAGCAUAUCAGCAAUUGGAUUUCAUUUUGUAAAUUGUGAAGUAUCCGUGGUACAUACCGGGCAGCGUACGCUAUUAUUUCUCAAUAAAACGAUUGAAUUUGGUUUCGACCGAAUUGACUGCUGCUUAAUAAUUUAAAGGUACAAGUGUGACGUGCAAUGUACUCUGGGACUGUUUUGUGAUUCUCAUCAAGUUCUAUCUAUACUGAAAAUAUGCCGAAGAAGUCAUCUAAGCCCAGUUGGGUUGGGAAAGGGGGGAGAAACGAUAAUUUGGAGAGUAAAUCUUAUUUCGGACACGAUGAUCGAGUUGUUCGCAUGGGAGGCAAUAGACCGAGAGUGUCGUUUAAAACUCAAGCACGGCCUGGCAGAGAAAGGCCACAUAACAUGAACCUUGCUCUUAAACGUCAGUUAGAUGAUGACGUUUCAAUGUCGAUUCAUCCUAAUGAUAAUGGACGACAAGGUGGAAUCAGAGGAAGAGGAAUAGGUUUGCGACGAGGUAGAAAUAGUCCCUUGCCUCCUCGAGGUAUGGGUGGUCAAAGGGCGUUUCAUCGUCGCCAGUUGAUACCAAUUAGUGAAUCUAAUUGGUAUAAAGUUAUUAUACCAUAUGGACGAAAGUUUGACAAGAUGUUUUUACUGAACAAUUUAUUGUCUCAUAUGGCUCCUGAGAGUUUCACACCUGUUAUGUAUAAAGUCAUUGGAUCGGAUGCUGUUUUCUAUGUCGAUGAUGCUAAAGCAGCAAUAAGAUUGGCAAACUGUGAUCGCAAGAUAACCGUUCCCGAUGGGUUCAAAAUCCUUGUUCGAGUGAAACCAGGAUUUCCACAGUGUAUCAUCGAUACCACCCUUAAAGAGAGACUAAAGCAAGCCAUGGCCAAGAGAUAUGUCCAGGAAACGAAUGCAUUGGAUUUAUCGCGGUUUCAUCUAGACCCAGACCUUGUAUCUGAUUAUUUCUGUGCCCUGUUUCGACCCAUGAUGUUGUUGGCAGUAUUAGACAUUGUAUCUGCGCACACUCCCAAUUUGGUGGCAUUGAACCUUGAAGGGAACAAGUUGGAAGUCAUCGAGCUGCUCAACGUGCUAAACAAAAAGUUUCCAAAUCUGAAGAUCCUCUAUAUUGGAGACAACAGAAUAGAGAAAAUCAAUCAGUUAGACGUGCUGAAAGAUUUGGCACUGGAAGAAUUGCGUCUUGCAGGAAAUCCAGUAUGCGACAAGUACAAGUCCUCUCAGAGUGAUUAUGUAAGUGACGUGCGGAAAAGAUUUCCAAAACUCCUGAGAUUGGAUGGAGUAGAAUUGCCCCGACCAAUAUUAUUCGACGUGGCGGACGACGAAAUUAAACUCCCACCCACCCAAAGGAUGUUUGUCGCUAAUCCGAAGGCUCAGGAAAUAGCGAGUCAAUUUUUACAACAAUACUUUCUCAUUUAUGACAGCGAGAAUCGACAACCACUUUUGGAUGCCUACCAUGAACAUGGGUGUUUUAGUUUGACCGUGAAUCACACGCAAAAUGUAAACAAAGACUACAGUAAAUACCUCACUGAGAGUAGAAACUUGUUCAGGAUAACUGACUCUGGUCGACGAAGGAAAUUACUCAAACAAGGAAGACUACCGAUAGUAUCCUUCAUUUCUACCCUGCCUCGAACAAAUCACGAUUUGAACAGUUUCACGAUGGACAUUUGUUUAGCUACGGAAAGAAUGAUGCUCAUCACAGUGACCGGCCUCUUCCAGGAGAUCGAAAAUAAAAGUCAGAUUCGGUGCUUUAAUCGAACCUUUAUCAUUGUUCCGGAAGGCAAUGGGUAUUGCAUCCGUAACGAACAGCUGCACAUCAGCAACCCCACGGGGGCGCAGGAGGUGCUAAUUCAGAAUCAGCCCAUGAUGAUGGAGGCACAGGGAUCGCAGUCUACGGCCACGGUAGAAAGUGUUGCUUCGACGAUGCCCUCUACGUCCGAAGAAACGUUAUCCGAGGAAACCAAAAGACAGAUGACUCUGAUAUUGAGUCAACGAACCAAUAUGACCCUGGAAUGGAGCCUGAAGUGCCUAGAGGAAGUUCGAUGGAACUUCAACGAUGCCAUGGCUGCGUUCCAGGAGUUUUUUAAGCGCGGAGAAAUUCCUCAGGAGGCCUUCAAAAAAUGAAAAUCACGGAUUCGCACGAAUGCGAUCGUCUCUUUUGUAUGUACAUUUACAGGGUUCAGAGGACUGGCGGUACGUCGCAUUUUGAAUAUUACUCGUGGAUUUUGGGUGAUUAUGCGUUCUCAUCGCUGGAAUCGUGAUGCUUUGGGGAUCUAGUCCUUUGAGAGGAUACAUUCUAAAUAGUUACUUCUGGGAGAGCACUCGUUGUUUCACCCAAAAUCUCGUGUUUUAAGCGUUGUAGCCGUAGAUUUAUGGUUUAUAGUCAAUUCCGUAUCCAGGCCGAGUCGAGCUUUUGUUAGAAAAGCAAGCUCCUCUUUCCUGUUUAAUGUGUAAAGUGUAACGGUAACUGCCAAUGAUUCUCAUUUUUUCUAUAUUUAAUUGAAUUUUACCAUUAAAAGGAUAUACGGAUACAUUUGAUGCUUGCUCUUCUGACAAAAUUGAUGGCACGUACAUUGGAACUAGUAGAUUAAAUCUCUAAGGAUAUUUUACAGGUUAAUAAAAAAAAAAAAUAUUCUUGCAAAGCUUUCAUUAGUAGGAAGUAAAUUCUAGAGUUCUGUGCGUUGAAUGACUUAAGGAAACUAACGGUAUACUAGCUAUUUAAGUGUUUAAACUCUCAAAAUGCGACGCACAGCAAGUUAGUUUGAGUAAUUUUACUCAAUAGCAAUUUGCGAGUGGAAAGGUGAGGAAGACAAUUGUUCUCUUUUAAAUAUUAACGGUAAUAUUCAUUUCUACCUAUUUUGCGAAAAUUAUGAACGUUGCGUCAUUAAUGGUCUAUGACAUUUAGAUAUUUUCUUUUUUUUUUUUGUUCCACUCUUCAUUGAUUUUCAGCAGAGAUAAACCGACCGUAGAACUGAAUAGUUUACCGCAGAACAUACAUUUUUUUCCAACGAGUUGUAUACCUUUGAGUAUAAAAAUUAUUGUACAUUAACUUGGUCUGUAUUUUAACAGACGUUGCGCUUUACUUUUCAUACGUACAAUCUCAGAAGCUACGGAAUUUCGGUUUAUCGUUGCAAUCGUUCCGCGACUCCGUGCUGGUCAAACAUGACAGACGACUACCAUUCCUAUAAAGUAGUUGUCAAAAUUACUCUUGAAACCUUAGAUAUUAUAUAUUUUCAUUGAAAUAUAAUAUUACAGUGGAUACCUUUCAAGGAUAGAUGGAAGAAUUUAUUUCAUGUUCAGGUUUUGUUGAUCCACCACAUGGUUAAGAUAUGACUACAUAUUACGAACUUAUACAUUGAGAAUCAAUGAAGUAAUAUUUCAAUGAAUUUCUUAAAAAUUGACCAAUUACUUUGAAGGAAUUCAUUUUUAAAUCUAAAGUAUUAAGUAAAUCUUGAAAUUCUUUCCAAAUCCUAAUAUUUUACGAAAAACAUGGCAUUUGUUUUCAAAUGGAACUAGCAAAUAAUAGGAAGCAAUAUAAAACGAAUGAAAAAGAAUGUAAACGGUGGAUCAAUUUCUCAUACAUCUAAAUUUGAUUUUUUACUCAAUGUCUUGGAUUAAAUCUUACUAACUUUAGUAUAUAAUAAUCUAUUUCUGCCCUUGAAAGGUAUCACUCAAGUUUUCCAUUAAUGGCAAUUUAUCCACGAAAUAGGGUAAAAUAUCAUGUUAGGGACGAUUCAUUUGCGUUACCAGAACCAGAUUGAAAUGUUAUUGCAAUCGAUUUCGUAAUAAUACAAUCUCUACAAAUUAUGGCGGUUCUCUGAUUUAACAAUUCGGUGUUCUACGCUACGUGAGCAUAAAUUAUACUGCAUAAUUGUUCUUAAAUCUAUUAUUUCCGUAUAAGUUUCGUUAUUAAUUUUUGUUUAGGCAUUACGCUACUUAAUUAUCGUUCAUUUACUUUGUUUUUAUUUGACACUUCCGGUGCCACACAGAGUAUAUCCAAGAUAAAGUGCGAAGACAUUUAUUGGCCGGGUUAACUGCCAAGAGGUUAACUCAAUAAUCAAUCGAGAGAACCGCCAAUGAAUUUCACUGGCACAUCAAGAAGGAGCUUACGAAGAUCAGUAGUCUUCUCCUUUUGACAAAGUCGAAGGAGCUGCAACGCGGAGGCCGCAAUUCCUGUUCUUCGUCAACGUUUGGUUACGCUCCAAGAGGCCGGGGAUGUUCUCGGAUGUAAAUAAAUGUCAAGACAAGGCACCGUCUUGAUUCAACCUAUUUCUCCGCCGGAGACAGGCAACGUGGAUUUUCUUGAUUUCGUGGACGAGGAGAGGAUUCCGUUCGAGUGAAACAUGUCACUCCAAGUUACUUGAUCGGUCUACCAUGGGAUCGGAACUUUUUGCCGAUAAACCAGCGUGUGCACGGCGGAGUUGUCAACACCGAAGAGAUUCCUACUAUGUGUUGAACAACCUCUCAUCAGACUCCGUAUCUACAUCAGACAUUAAGCCUCUUGCUCCAGGAUCUUCAAAACUACGGAUGAAAAGUAAAAGUUUCAUUGCAAAGUGCAAUGAAUUCUUGCAAUCGAAUGUUAUCGACUAGUCAUGUCUUUCUAAUUUCUGAGUGUUUUUAAACUUCACUCUUGCAAGAUAAUUUAUGCUCACGUCGCGUAAAAAUGAAUGUAUAAUUGUCAAGAUGUGGUCCGGUCGUAAAGUAAUGUUAAAUCCAUUGGAAAAUCAAUGCGAUCUACAGCAAAGGAAAAUUGGGCACCGUAAGCGAUCGAAUUAAUCGAUGUUAUUUUUAGCGCGAAAAGAAAACUGAUUGUUCUUUAGGAGAUAUAUUUCAUUGUAUAAUUCAAUGGAAUCAAACAUCAGGAUGUUUAGAACUGGAAUGAAAGUGUGGAAUUUUCUUGAAAUGAUCAUAUUGAAUGGAGUACGCGUCAACCACCUUGGAACGAUUAAGUUAUUGUACAUACACGAUAAUAAGAAUAAAGCAUGACGUUCUCCUUU